GGGAGGGGCCCGGCGCUGCUUCUCAGAAGCCGGCGGCGGGGCGCCGUGGCGAGGGGUCGUCAUGGGCAGUAAGAUGGCGGCCGCAGCCAGGGUCGUUCAGGUAGUGAAGCCACAUACUCCGUUAAUUAAGUUCCCUGACAGAUUGAGUGGUCCCAGACCUAAAAUACAGGAAUCCUCACCAGCAAGUGUGCCAUCUGUUCAUGCUUCAAAAGCACAGGAGUCUCUAGGAGGCAGAGCGUCGCCGUCUGUUAGUAGAGUACAAGGUACACCAGACACUUACGAGUUAGUAAGAACCUUACCUCAGAAAUACAGAAGGAAACUUAUGACAGAUGAAGAGAUUGGCUAUAUUCAACGUGGAGGUCCAGAAUAAGUAUGGAAGAUAGUUCACAAGCCAUUGUUGGAGAGUGAAGUGUCGUAUUCACAAUAAAGAUAUUUCCUUUAAGAUUAAAAAUGAUUGUAUACCAAUAGCUUUAAUACACUCUCAUAAAGCAGGUGAGAAGGCUGACACAAUACAC